AAGAGAGCUGAAAUAGGACCUCUUUUUUUCCUCUGUGGUUUGUGCUGGUAAUAUGAAGUAGCAGUAUGCUGACAUGGUUAGAUUAACUACCCUGCCACUGUAGAGCAGCUGCACAGCAGAGCCUCUCUGAUCUCUAAAAAUGAAGAAUGAUACUGAGUACUACUACUAUUACUUUGAAAACUUCACUGAAGAUGAAUCAGGGGGUCCGAAUUGUUCCUACAAAAGUCUUCAAGGCUCCAACAUCUUUCUGCCCCUGAUUUAUUACCUUAUAUUUUUCACAGGAUUUUGGGGCAACCUCUUUGUCAUCUCAGUGGUGAUGAGCAAAGGGAAAAGAGCUGGUCGUUUGGUGGACACUUUUGUUGUCAACCUGGCCCUGGCUGACCUCAUCUUCGUCCUCACGCUACCACUGUGGGCCAUCUCCUCCAGCCAGAACAACUUCUGGAACUUUGGACCAGCUAGUGACGUGCUGUGCAAGCUGAGCAGCUACAUAAUUUCUGUGAACCGCUUCUCCAACAUCUUCUUUCUCACUUGCAUGAGCAUUGACCGCUACCUGGCCAUAGUAAAACUGAUGGAUUCGAAGUACCUCAGGAGUAGUCGGUGCAUCCGUAUCACUUGUGCUGCUCUUUGGAUAAUCUCCCUGGUGCUCGGCAUCCCGUCUCUGAUCUACCGAAAAGUGGAGGCAUACAGUAAUGGACAGAGUUGUCUGGAAGAUAACAGCUCAGCUGUAUUUCUUUGCAUGAAUCUGACCAUGGUGUUACUCACCUUUGUCUUUCCAGUGUUAAUCAUUGUGCUCUGCUAUGGCAGCAUCAUCAUGCACCUCAACAAGCACUGUGUUGCUGCUGGAAAUCCUCGAGCUGAAGCCCGUCGCAGACACUCCCUCAAGAUGGUCCUGUGCAUCAUCCUAGCAUUUGUGGUGUCCUGGCUCCCCUUCAACAUCUUCAAAUCCAUUACAAUUAUCUUGCAGCUCACCAAUGCCACCCUCAGUUGUGAAACUCUGCUUUGGCAAAGUAACGGGCUCCUUAUCUCAUGCUGCCUGGCAUUUUUCAACAGCUGUGUGAAUCCGGCCAUCUACUUUUUCCUGGACAAUCACUUCAGACGCCGGGCAGCGCUCCUGUACAAGAGCUGCCCUGGAAAGCCAAAACUGUUGCAGGGUUUCAACUCCUCUGUUUCAUUCACCAAUGGUGGGACUUCAGAGAGCUGUGGUACAAGUGGUGGGCGAACUCAGCUUCAGACGUUCCAGUCGGAGGAGAGGACAAAUCUGUAACUGUGGAGAAUGUUCUCAGAGAAACAUCAUCACCUUGGCAGGAGAAGAUUUGAGUGUGUGAUUUUGUUUUUUGUUGUUCACGGAUUUUACAUUCAGUCAGUAAAAAGACAUGUUCAACAUGUUUUUAGCUUCCCUUUACUGAGCAGCAUAGAUUGUUAUAGAAUAGGAGUGUGUGUCUUGUUUCUUUAAUUUUUUCAUUAAGCUUUAUCAGCAUUGACCAUAAUCAGCAUUAACUACCAUCAUUUAACAUUUGUAACAUAGCAGAUAGCAUCAUUUAAAUUCAGAUUUAAAUUGCAUUAUCGUUUUUUAUUUUUUAUGAACAGAUAUUGUAUCCUGAAAUGUAGAAAAUAUCUACAUGAAUUUGUAUUUUAAAACUAAAUGCUGAAAUAAACCAUAUUUAGAGACUG